CCAGCCGAGAGCUGCUGCGGUGAAAACAGUCACGUCAGGAGAUGUUGUGCAGAAGAUUCACACUCUAGCGUUUGUUUGUUUGUUUGUUUGUUUGUUUGUCGUUGUUGUGUGAGUGUGAGAGCAGACAUGCAGCAGUCUGUGGAGGCUCUGGUCCGACUGCUGGAGUCCUACAGAGGAAGAGACAAAGUAAUCAGGACGCUCUGUUACAGCUCUCAGCUGGUCGGAGGAGCUCUUUCCCGGAAGGCAGAAACAAACGCUUCAUCCCAGCAGCUCGGGAAGAGUCUGCUGCUGUUUUCUGCUCAGCUCAGUCACUGCCGGACGGUGCUGAGGUUGUUUGAUGACCUCUCCAUGCUGGCCUACUCUCACAGCUAUGGGCUCGGAGCUGAGGAGGAGGAUGCAGGCGUUCGCUGGAUAUCAGUGCUGACCAAUGUGGCUGACCAGCUGUACUACCCCUGCGAACACAUCGCCUGGGCUGCCGACGCCGAGCUCAUCAGAGUGAAGUCUGAUAAGUGGUGGCUGUUCUGCACGGUGCUGUGGGGAACCUCGCUGCUGCUGGGAGUCCUCAGGUGGGAUCAUCCGUCCACAAACAUCAAAUCUCACCUACUGACCGGGUGCACUGAUGAAAAGCUACGAUGAUGGUAUUAGGUGAUC